UCAUUCAUAUCCAGCGAUGCUCACCUUCGAUCAGCAACCACUGUGCUCAGUCUGGUCACCAUGGCAACUGAGCAGCCUCAGGCCCCGCCUCCAGCAGCCAUUGGUCAAGAUCGUCGCGUACCAAUUCCAAUCAGCAAUGAGCGUAGUCAAGGGCAAGGCAAGACACCUGUCAGCUUUGUUGUUGUACCUGUCAGUGAUCUGGGUUACCCUGUUGGUUCACCAGGGAGUAGCAUCUGGGCUUAUACACCAGACACCUGUCAGCCGGUUUGGUGAGCAACAUGAGCCAAUGUCUGGCAUGCAUCAUAACAUGGCCAUGGGAGAUGGGGGAGGGGUGACAGCUCAUGGAAUGGCAGGAGUGGUCUGGAACCCUGUAGCCACCAUGCAACUUCAUGGCACUAGUCCAAAGGUUUGGGGAGCAUAAAGCCAGCCGGUCAUGUGACAUGACAACACCUCUCCUU